UAUGUAUGGGAACAGCUAGUUCUUAGUUGGCGUACUACUAAUAAUGUUUUCAUGUCGCAAAGUUGACGAAGCAUUGAAGAGAAAGAGACAUGUUGUAUAAGGAAGCAUCUAGAAUCAUCCACCUUGUGCAGAGGAAACAGGGAACCGUCAAAUCACUGGUUCACUCCAGCGACUGCAAGAACAUCAAGCAGCUUUAUGCGUUGGUCUGUCAGACCCUUAAGUACUCCAGCAUCAUCGAUCAGAUCCUGAAGAACACCAAGCUUCUUGAGCAAGAGAAAUGGCUAGAAAAAUCCACGGCCCAGGUCCUGCUGUACGAAAUGCUGUUUGGCAAAGGUAUUCAGUGUGGAGGGAAGUACCGUCUUGCCAUCAAGAGACACAAGUCGGCUCUUACGUCCGCUCUCGUCAGGAUCAAGAUUAAGAUGGGUGUGGUCAACAACAAGGAUCUCCUUCCACAGUCAGUGAAGGACGAAGUCAUCCUGCCACGAUAUGUAAGAGUAAACCUAUUGAAGUCAACUGUUGAUGAUGUCAUACAGACCUUCAUUGAGGAAAGCUACCACUGUAUUCUAAGCAGAGAGCAGGCAGAUACCAAGAGGAAAGAAGCCAGAAAUGCUGAUGACAUUUGUAAGAUUCAUGCCAACUUGCUGACAACUUUGGAGCCACACCAGUUCAUGUGUGAUGUUCACUUAGAAGAUCUGCUAGUCUUUCCUCCAGCCACCGACUUCCAUGACCAUCAUCUGUACAAGACUGGAGCCAUUAUACUUCAAGAUAAGGCUAGUUGUUUACCAGCGUACCUACUAGCGCCGCCCCCUGGUAGUCAUGUGAUAGAUGCCUGUGCUGCCCCCGGCAACAAGACAUCACAUUUGGCAGCCAGUUUGAAGAACACAGGGAAAGUCUUUGCUUUUGACGUUGAUCCUAAGCGUGUGUCCACGCUGUCUAAAAUGACAGCCCUGUCUGGCGCCACCAACGUAGAAAUUAUAAACCAGGAUUUUCUCAAGGUAAAUCCGGGAGAAGAACGAUUCUCAAACGUUCGAUACAUUCUGAUGGACCCUUCCUGCAGUGGCUCGGGGAUCGUAAGUCGACUGGACCACCUGACCAACGACAGCCAAUCAGAUUCCACUGAGAGGCUGGAAGGGCUUGCAGCGAUCCAAGCCAAAUUGCUGGGUCACGCGCUUUCAUUUCCGCACGUGGAGCGUGUUGUGUAUUCCACUUGUUCGGUGCACCAGACAGAGAAUGAGAGAGUUGUCUUGCAAGUCCUGGCUUCCCGUACCAACUUUGAAUUAGAAUUGGCGCUCCCCACAUGGAAAAACAGAGGCAUCUGUGUUGUAGAUGAUAAUGUCCCUAUGGAAACAUCGCUCAAGACGGGAAGCCCGGAUGUCAGUGCCUGCUUACGUGCUGUCCCAAAGGAAGACUGCACUAAUGGAUUCUUUGUAGCAGUGCUAAAGCGGAAAAUAAUGUCUGCUAAGCAGGAACAGACAAGAAAAGAUACUGAGCCAUUGAAGAAUGGUAGAAAGCGGAACAGGAACAAAAGGCGGAAAAAUCAAACCACACCAAUUCAGGGAUUUGUGAGUAACACAGUUACUGUAAGUGACCCUCGUGAAAUGUCAAACCAAGGUGAUUGCACAAAUGAUGGCACAAAGCGUAACAGAGGGAAAAGAAGAAAACGAAAAAGAAGUGGAGCCGGACUAAAAGAAGCAGAAACAAAACUACUGAAAGCCAGUGAUACUCCUCGAGGACAAGAUUGUGUUGCUUCAGAGCAUAAUCUACAUGUGGACAAACCAAAGACAAAGAAAAGGAGAGACAAAUAAGGAUGACAAGAAAAGUUCAAGAAGAAGUUUCAAAGAACAUAACCAUUUCAUAGAAAACUUGUUUAACACAAAUGUUGUUCACGUAAUUUGUGCCUGAUAUGGAGCCCAUGGGCAAGUGAUUAGGCCAAAAUAAAGUCUCCGGUUUCUGGUAUGCUCGCGGGUUGCCGUAGCCAUGCGCGUCAGCAAAAUGAAAAAGGGUUUUU